AUGGCCGACAGCAAAGUGAAGAAUGAUCGAAAAUCAGCAAAAGGAAGAGUCAAAACCAAUGAAAAUUCUUCACAGGGGAAUAUGAUUCAUGGAAUCGGUAUUCGGUUACUUGUGUUUGGCAUUGCUAUCUCCUGUGGAUUUCUGCAUUGGAUGCACGUUGCCUACCUGCAUGAAAAUGAUCUGAUGUUCUCGCAUUUAUCAAGCACUGAAAGGGAGUUAACUUUUCGCACGGAGAUGGGAUUUUACUACUCAUACUUCAAGCAGCUACCUCUUUGUAUGAAUACGACCCACUCGGGCACUGUCGGGCUAAUCGAGCAACAACAACAACAACCACGGUGUCGUCCAUUGAAUGCCAUGCAACGUUUUAAUCUCUAUCCAGAGUUGGUUUUGGCUACAAUCUACCGAAUUCUACGCUCCUAUGAACUUCUAAAAACCGAAUGUUAUCAAGUAUCUCGGUACUUGACUCGAGACCCUGUGGCGAUCGUUGUGAACCCAACUCUAUUUGCUCAAGCUAUUCAAGACCCAAGGUAUCUGCCCACUAGUAAUAUCAGUCGAAAAUGCAUUUUUUCGAAAUCAAUCAAUUUACACCGCGAAAAACGCUGGACACUGAUCUUUCUAUCCCCGCUGUUUACUCCAAUUUGUUCUCAUGCACAGUGUUACUCGACCAAAAAGUCGUCCCCAAGCGUGUUUCAGUCGGUGAUUUACUGCUUACUGCUGUUAGGCUUCCAACUUCCGUGGCAAUUUUCCCAGUUCGCCUUAUCCACACAAGUGGCCUCUCUUUCCAAAACGUCUUAUCUGUUACAGUUUGGUAAUGCGUUACUCCUCACCUCGACGUACUUUCCUGGUUUGAUUGGUGCUUGGCUCGGAUUGACGAUGCUCCUCCGUCUCAUGACCCCACCCUCGUCGGGAGCGGUUAGUCCAGCUCCGAACGCCACAACUGUUGUGUUACUGGUCCUGAUCAACACAUUCUUCGGACAGGCCGAACAUGACGGUGGGCACAUCGUGGAUAUACUACGGGAAAAAUUGCAACCUGGUGGUAAAUUUCACACUUUCCACACUCGACUGUACACAUGCUCGCCUGAAUUCGAUUUUAUCGGGGUAAGUGCUCCUGGUAGUUUUUGUUUAACACAAACGGAAAUUUUUACUUACAAUCGUUCUACUUUCCAGCUGCUCUUCUUUACUCUGAUGGCGGUGCUUAUUAUGCGUCUCAAAUUGUUCUGGACUCCGCAACUUUGCCUCACUUUGGCAUUGUUACCCCAUUUUCAAAUGUUUGCUCCCCAUCCACCUCACUCUCAACUUCUUAUCUUGUCUGGGUCACAUUGGGUGGAUUUUGGUUGCUGCACCUUUAUUUAUCGAACGAAUUUAUUGCUCCCGCAGGCGGAAUGGAAUGUUCGUGGCCAGUUCAGUUCGAUCAACGACGAGGUUAUGCUCGAUUGGUUCCACAGCCCAUCCACACCAUGGGUCAUUGCCGGCACAAUUUCCACCCAGGGCAGUUUACGCUUGAUCUAUCCAUCCCCGCAACCACUCGAACCAGCCGGAUUCGCGCUCACCAAUCAUCCGCACUACGAGAAUGCCGAACUGCGCCAGCGAACUGUGCUAGCCUAUGCGAUCUACAGUCGAAAACCGGUUGACCAAUACCACAUGUUCUUCUUGAACAUCAAUUCAGCUCAUUUUGAUGGAACAUAUUUACAAAAAAAUUGUGUGCUGAGCAAGUAC